AUGGCAGCGAAAGACCAAGAAUUUGAUAGAAAAUUACAUGAGUUGCUUGAGAGAAAGCCACCUGGAAUAAGUGCUUCAAAAAUAAAAGAAUUGACGAGAAUCGCAAUGACUAGUCCUAAGCAUUAUAAAGGAAUAGUAUACAGCUUACAGAAAUUCAUUCAGAGAUGCGCAGCCGAUUACAAAUUAGGUGCACUAUAUGUUCUGGAUUCAGUAUCACAGGCAGCACAAAGACAAAAGUCUAUGGCAACGGAAAAAGAGGGUGAUGGUAUUUCUUCUUGGUCAGGUGCUGAAUAUCUAGAGCGAUUCGAAAAAAUUUUAGAAGAGAUGUUUUCUAACAUCAUGCAAUGCCCGGAACACGAUAAGGAGAUAAUUCGCAAAAUAAAAGACGCCUAUUUUACCAAAAGCGCUGCAACAAAUCCAAUAGAAAGCAAUAUACCAAUAUCGGCUCCCACUACAAGUGGGCCGAUGGUUGGAGUGGUUCCUACUACGUCAAUUAACCCCACCACCACAAUAGAUCAAGCAACUUUGAAUCCAGCAACUCUAGAUUCUUCAGCAUUAUUGGCAACUUUGAGUAAUCUAACGCAGGGAACGUUGAAUAUACCAACUUUCCUAUCAUCGAAUCCGAUAACCGCUGCAACUUCACAACCUAUUAAUGCUGCUAUUGCUUUUAAUAAUACUAACUCACAUCCGCAGCAGAUACCCUUAUCUGCUGCACCACAGUUUUCGAACAUGAAUAUUACUACAUCUCAAUCCCAGUCCCCAGCACCUACAUCCAUGCCAAGGAACAAUGGCUUUUUACAACCGCCUGUAUCUUCAUCCAGUUACACGAAAGUUGUUAAAAAUCAUAUUAAUUCAACAAAAACCAAUGCGUCUGUAAAUGAUCCUCUUGAUUUUGAUUAUGGCGAUAUGGAUGAAGAUGAAGACUCUGGAUCUGGACCAAAAGGUGAAAUAAAUAAUACUGCAGAAAAUAUGACGAGUGCUAUAAAUGUGCAACCUAUAAAUGUAAAUCGACUGGCCACAACCACAGCGCCGACAAUGACUCAACAAUUUAAUCAGGAUCAAUUUCCAAUUAUGAAUAAUAAUCAAUACAUACCACCGCAAGGGAUUACUUCUACAGAUCCCACACCAACAUCGGUGCCACCUUCACUAAUUCCAUCUGGUCAGUCACAAAUUCAACCAAACCAAUCAAUGCCUCCAAGUAGUAUUGCCCCUUUUAACAACUACCCACCACCAAUAAACCAACCACAACCUCAACCUUGGGUUGCACCUGCGCAGCAACCUCCUCCUAAUAUUCCACUUCCCCAAGGUCAACAAUUCCAAUCUUCACCAUUUCCCGUGCCUCCGUGGAACGGACAACAGCCAAUUUCACAACAGCCUCCACCACCGUGGAAUUCAAAUGGGGGACCACCAUCUUUCCCAAUCCCUUCACAGCCACAACCCCACCCUCAAUCCGGUGCUCUUCCGGCCCCUCCGACACAAUUUCCAGGUCAACCUGCGCCACCACCAGGAUUUCCGGGACCACAACAUGGUCACCAAAUACCCCCUCCUCCAGGUCACUCAAUACCACCUCCAGGUAUUCCAGGUCCAUUACCGGGUCAUCCAAUGCAACACCAAGGGCCUCCUGGACCACCGCCACCUCCUCCAAUGCAACAAGGACAUCCUGGUGCUCCACCAAUGGGACAUAUAAUGCCACCUGGACCAGGUCCACAAUCACUUGGGCCAUUAGGACCACCAAACCCUCAAGGAGUAUCCAAUCAAAUGGAACCUCCCUCAAUGACCCAAGCGGAAGUUAGUAUCGCGUAUGAAGACCAAAGUAUCGGAAAGGAUUUUAUUAAAAUCUUGAGUAGAACACUUUACGUUGGUAGCGUAGCGGAUGAUAUGCCCAAGCAAAUGAUGGAAGAGAUAUUUUCCAAAUAUGGCUCAGUAUCUACUGUUACGAUCAAUUACGAGAAAAAUCAUGCAUUUGUGAAAAUGGAUACACGAGCAGCUGCCUCACGGGCAUUAGCGGGGCUAAGAAGAAAUGUUGGUCUGAAGGGAUUUGGACCUAAAGAUUGUUUUGAUUUUGUAAAUGGGGAAUCAUUAAUUCCUUUGGGAAGACUCACAGAAACCGAUCGUAAAUGGUUGCUCACAAGUAAAUGGGGUGGUACUAGUGGAAGACCUCUAAUCGGUGGAAUUGUAGUUGAAGAACCAGACAUUGUAAUUGGUGAAGGAUUUUCUAGCGGAUCCAGUAAUAAAAAAUUAGGACCUCAAUUUACUGAUAGAGAUCGAAGUAGAGAUAGACGGGAUGGACUUGAUAGAGACAGGGAUGUACGAUCAUCCCAUUCACCUGAUUCAAGGAAAUUUUCUGACGCAUCUCGGGAAGGAAAUUCACCUAGACAAAAUGAUUCUUUGCAAUGGGCUGAAAAUCCUAAUGAAACAUUACCACUUUCAGAAAAAGAACAUUUAUCAGAACAACAAAAAUCCUAUACAUUUCCUUCAACGGUUCAACCACAUCAAGGAUCACCAAAUGGUCAAGAUAAUCGAUUACCAUUACAACAAACACAAUCGGAUUUUAAUUCAAAACGAGAUAGUCCUCCUUCCCAAUCAAUUUCACACAAAAGAGAACGAUCAAGUCCUCAACGUGAAGAACAUUCUCAGUGA